AUGCGUUUAUAUUAUAAACAAAAUCAAUAUGACAGUCCUAUUUUAAUCUUAGAACUAACUUCUUACUCCUCUUCAAUAAUAAAUGAAUUAAUAGAAUUAAUUAAUGAAAUAAAAGUUUUUAUUAAAUAUAAAAGUCCCUUAAGUUAUAAUCCUGCAAAAGCUGAAAGAACAUCACUACUCAGUAGUGAAUCACCAGUUUAAAAUUAUAAGGGGUUUUUAAAUGUUGCUGCAAUAUGCCUUUUAGUAAAUAAUAUUAGAUAUAUGAUUGAUAAUUUAAGGAUUUAUGGAUUAUAAAUACAUAAUAUAUGGAAUCAUCCUUUAUCUUAUGUAAAUUAUAAAUUUUGCAUUUAAUUUUGCAUUUAAAUUUGUUUUGUAUUCCUAGCUUUUUUUAUUUAAAAACUUAACUUUAAAGGAUAUGCUAAUUCUAAAUUAACUGUAAUAUUUAAUGUAAUAAAUCUAACUAUAUAAUUGCUUACUCCUAUAAUAUCUAAAAUAUUUACUGAUAUAACUUUUUUAUCAAAUAUAAUGAUUAUUACAUUAAGUGUUAUUAUUUGGUUAAAAUUAAUUAGUUAUGCACAUGUAAUGAGAAGUAUCCGUUCAAUAAUAAAAAGGAUUGAAAUGUACGAAAAAGAUGAAAAGGCAAAAAAAUAACCUUUAAGCGAAUUUAUAUCUGAAACAGAAACAAGUGCAGAUAAUCUAUAUAUUUUGCAUAAAUGCUAUGAAAAUCCAAGUUAAUUAGUAAAAAUUUAUGAUCUUUUUUACUUUUUAGCUGCUCCUACCCUUUGCUUCUAAUUAAUAUAUCCGCGAACUUAAAAGAUUCGAAAAUUAUGGCUUUUAAAAAGAAUAUCGGAAUUAAUACUAGUGAUAAUGUUUUAAACAGUUUUAUGGAUUUAAUAUUUAGAUCCUUUAUUAACAGAGACUUAUGAAAUUUAAAGAGAAAUUUAAAAAGCUCCUUUAUCUUUUUUUUUUGAAAGAAUCAUUAAAUUAUCAAUACCAAGUUUUUAUUUUUGGCUUGCUGGAUUUUACGGAGUCUUUUAAGUUUGGUUGAAUGUUACUUCUGAAUUACUAAAAUAUGCAGAUAGAUAGUUUUAUUUAGAUUGGUGGAACUGUAAUGAUUUUGAAUCUUUUUGGAAACUAUGGAAUUUACCUGUACACAAUUGGUGUGUAAGGCAUUUUUAUACCCCUAUAUUGUAAAAAGGUAUUUCUAAAGUAAUAGCAAAUUUUCUUGUUUUUACACUCUCUGCUAUUUUACAUGAAUGGAUUAUAAGUGGGGCUUUAGGAAUAAUUGGGUAUCAUGCUUUUAUAGCUGUAUGGAUAUAAGCACCCGUUAUUAUAAUUUCUAAAUAGCUAACAAAAUAUUUGAAAAUCUAAAAUUCUGAACUUGGAAAUUGUAUUUUUUGGAUUUCAUUUAUCUUUAUUGGGUAACCAACAGCUAUAUUUAUUUAUUAUGAAAUGUAUAGAAAUAUGUACGGCUGA